AUGCGGGACGAUGACUCUGACCAGGAGCCUGUAAAUAUAUUUGGGGACAGCGACGAUGACACCGGUGCUAAUCCACAAGCACAACAAGGUCCUUCAAGUUCCGGCACACAGCAUUACCCUCCACACUUCUCGACGUUAAACUUGGAGGCUCUGGGUGAACAUCCGGCCGGAAUUGCUACAGUAGGUGGGUCGUCAACCGAAUUUCAGAUUGGGCAAUCCUUCCAGAGCAAAGAUGAAGCUGUUCUUAGUGUGAAGGACUAUAGCAUCCAUCGAGGUGUUGAGUACCGAGUGUUGGAAUCGGACCAUUUGAAGUAUCAUGGAAAGUGCAAGGAUUUCGGCAAAAGUUGUAGUUGGCUGAUUCGGAUUUCGCUCCGUGCACGGAAGGGCACUUGGGAGGUUAGGAGGUACAACGGUCCCCACACUUGCUUAGCUACAUCUAUUUCCAGUGAUCACCGUCAGCUUGAUUACCACGUUAUCUGUGCGAGGAUUUUUCCGUUGGUUAGUGCGGAUGCUGCAGUACUGAUCAAGGUGUUGCAACAAGCGACUGAAGCUGAUUACGGCUUCAAGCCCAGUUACCGGAAGGUAUGGAAAGCAAAACAGAAGGCAGUUGCACAAAUAUAUGGAGAUUGGGAAGAGUCUUAUGCCGAAUUGCCACGUUGGAUGCUAGGAGUGGAGUUGACGAUGCCCGGGACAGUUACUGUGUUGCAGACGUCUCCCGUUAGAGUUGGGGACCAGAUUGAUGAGUCAACAGUGUACUUUCACCGUCUGUUCUGGACAUUUCCACCUUGCGUUGAGGCCUUCCAACAUUGCAAGCCGCUUGUGAGUAUUGAUGGUACCCACUUGUACGGCAAAUAUGGAGGCACCUUACUGUUGGCGAUUGCACAGGAUGGGAACUCAAACAUCCUCCCGAUAGCAUUCGCCCUUGUGGAGGGAGAAAAUGCCGAGUCAUGGGCUUUUUUCUUGUCCAACUUGAGAAGGCAUGUGACUCCACAGGAGGGUAUCCUUGUUAUCUCAGAUAGGCAUAACGGUAUCAAGUCUGCACUAGAGGAUCCCGUGAAUGGUUGGCUGCCCCCACGUGCUUAUCGGGUGUACUGUAUCCGUCAUGUGGCAGCAAAUUUCAGCCUUUCUUUUAAAGGUAAAGAUGCGAGAAGAAUGCUGGUUAAUGCUGCGUACGCAAAAACUGAGGCGGAGUUCUAUUACUGGUUCGACAUCAUGCGUACAGAGAAUCCGGCCAUGUGUGAUUGGGCGAACCGGAUGGAGUAUGAGAAGUGGACGCAACACCAGGAUAGCGGUAGACGGUUCGGGCACAUGACAACAAACAUCAGUGAAUGUGUGAACUCUGUCUUGAAGGGAACUCGCAACCUCCCGGUGACGUCGUUGGUAAAGUCCACAUACGGAAGGCUUGCUGAGCUAUUCGUUCUCCGGGGACAAACAGCAGAGGCGCAACUUGGAUCUGGACAAGAAUUUUGUCAGGCAUUGGUCAAGGGUAUUGAAAGGAAUAUAAGAGAGUCAAGGUGCUUCACCGUCACCUUGUACGACAGGCACCAGUCGAAGUACACGGUUGCUGAGACGACACCGACUGGAAACUUCUCGUUGGGUAGCUAUAGAGUCUCGCUGAAGGAUCACACAUGUGAUUGUGGGUACUUUCAGGCACUCCAUUAUCCAUGCUGUCACGCGAUUGCUUGUUGCGCCCACUCCCGGCUUAAUUGGGCAGCAUAUGUGCAUGAGGUGUAUCGUAUGAGUGAGGUGUUCAAAGUUUACAGUCACGGGUUUGUUCCGCCCAUACCAGAAGGCCUAUGGCCACCAUAUGCCGGGCCUACUAUCAUUCCUGAUCCUAACAUGAGGCGAGCCAGGGAAGGUCGGCCGAAGGCAACUAGGAUCCGCGGUGCCAUGGAUCGAUCUGCUGAGAACCAGCCCAAGCGCUGUGGCCUCUGUCGACAACCUGGUCAUACGAGGAGGAACUGUGCCCAGCGAAGAAAUAUUGCUGGCGGGGAUAAUUAG